AGGGACAGGGGGUACAGGGCGGGGCGAACGGUCGUGGCGUCUUCCUCUCUGUUCCCUGGGUAUCCAGGCGCCUGGGUUGAGGAUCCUUACUACGGAAAGUGCACCCGCGACUCCGUGUGUUUUGCGAGUGUGUGUGCGUGUUAGCAUGCCUGUCUGGGUGUGUUUGUGUUUAGCGCGCUCUCCCAGGAGCAUCCUGAGUGUGCGCGUGCGCACCGCUUUCGGGCACUUAGCGCAGAGCUAGAAAUUGGGGUACCCUAAUGUAGUUUUCAAGGAAUUUCCGGUCUCAUGGGAGAGAGACAAACUACCCGGGGUACUUGGGGACAGGGAGGGUCAUUUAAGUCGAGUUGAAGGUUAGGAAAGGGUUUAUCAGGAAGGCCCGCCUGAAUGAGUUUUGAAGAGUGAGUGGGAGUUAACCCCGUGGAAAAGGGAGUGGAGGUGUGACGGGUGUUCCAAGCAGAGCGUAAGGAACGGCUGGAACUGUAUGGGAAGGCGAGAGCUUUGUUUUAGGAUGUGUGGGAGAUGUGAGAGGAGAAAUGACUGCAAAGAAAGGUCAGCUGGGUCGCACGGAGCGGAGAGAUUGAGUGCCGAGCUGAGCUGGAUCCCUCUCUGCAGGGGAGCGCUGUUAAAAUCAUUUGAGGAAGGAAGUAAAGUUUUGAGAGCCAUCCUCUAUCCAUAUAUCUGGGUAGGAGUGAUUGGAGGGAUAGUGUUUGGAAAGAGGUCUUGUUUCCCUUUGAUCAAUUUUGAUCAGAGUGGUUUUACUAAAUCCCAUCGUAACUGACCUUGCUUAAAACACUUCAGUGGCUUCCUAUAGGUCUUUAGGUUAGUGUUCAAAUUGCUGUGGCUCACAAGGCCAUAAUCUGGCCUCUGCCUUUCUUUUUUAUCCUUUUUCUAGCCUUCCUACCCUCUCAAAUCUUUGUUAGUCAAACUGAACCUCUCAAACCCUUUGUAAGUGCCCGACCCCGACCCCGACCUGGAGCAUUUUUUCCCCAGCUUCUAACUUUUAUUCAUAGUUCCGCUCUCAGCUUCAAUAUUUUUAGGGGAAUUAGAGGGAGGAGGUGGCCUUUUUUCUCACUGUGUAGAGUAAAAUAGGUAUUUCUAUGACACUGAAUUUACUUCCAACGUUAGCCUUUUAUUGCAAUUCCUUAUUUAAUUGCGGUCGGACAAGCUAAGCUCUUUGAGGGUCCAGAGUUAUUCUACUUUCUUGCUGUAUCUGGUGCCAAGCUCUUGGAAGGUGCUUUCAAAAUACUUGUUGAAAUAAUAGAUGGAUGAUGAAGUAGGAGAGUGAAUGAGUGAAAGGAAGAUUAAUUAGGGGAAAUAAUGAGAACCUGGACAAGAACAUUCAUAGUAGAGAUGAAAAAAGGGGGACAUGAGAGAGAUGUUUGAGGGAAAGAAUGAAUAGAUUCUGGUGUCUGAUUAGCUUUGAGACAAGAAGGGAGAGAAGGUGAUGCUAAGGUUUUAAACUGGAGCAACUGGAAGAAAGGUAAUUCUGUACUUCAGCGUUAUGCAGCAGACAUUUACUGAGCAAGCCAGUUAUGUAUCAAGAACUAGACAUUGGUGGGGAGGGGGCAUGGAUGCUAAGCUGUAUAUUGGCCAUACUGUAUUUGAGAUAUUUGAGAGAUGUGCAUGCACAGAAGCCAGUUGGAAAUGAGCGUUAGGUGUUUUGAGGAAAGGUGCGCAUCCUUGAUUUGGGACUAACUUUCACAGUGUAUUUGUGUUCCCAGUAUGUUGAUAGCUUUGCUCAAGGGAGUAGGUGAGAUCACUAAGGGAAAAUGUGAAUUCCCCGUGGUGAUCUAGAAAGUAAGCUCCACGAGAGCAGGUGCCAUAUUAGACUUGUUUACUGUCGUAUCUCCAGUGCCCGGCCAGUGCCUGGCAUGUGGUAGACUCUCAAAAACAAUUAUUGGACAAAGAGAGAGGGUGUCCAAUGGAAAGAAAAGAAGACUGGGAUAGAACUGAGUGAAGAUCCUUGAUUACAUAGUAUGUGAAUAUUGUCUUAGCCUGAAAAGGAGAAAAGAAUAGGAGAGAAACCAGGAGAAAGAGUGUUAUGGAAGCCAAAGGAGGGGCGAGCUUCCAGGAGUGGGCGUCUCUAGAGAUGGAAAGGGCCUGAGAAAUAAGGGACCAAUAAUUUUAGCAAUUAGGAAGCUAUUAGUAUUUUAGAUUUUCUCCCAACGAGCCUAGAUUUUCUGGGUUAUGCUAAUUUUAUUAUUUGACAUCUUGGUACUGUAAACCAUCAGACUAUCUCUAUAGUCUCACAUUUCAGCAUGUAAACUAUAGCUCCCUUAUGACACCUGGUUCCUGUAAGUGGCACAAAAUCCCUUCGUCAGACCACGAAGUCUGAUCUUUGGUCAAGAAAAAUAUGGUCACCUUUACUGGUGAUGUUUAAGAGAACACUUUUCAGUGCAUAGGUGGUUCCUGUGUUAUAAAAGUUUGAAGUAUAACUGGGGCUUAGUAAAUAUAAGUGCUUAAAUAGGCCUCUCCUUCAUGAAGUUUGUUGGUGAAGGGAAGGUCAGAGAUGGGAUAGCAGCUUUGUUACACCACUGUGAACUUAACCUCUGCGUACUUAAGAUUCAGGGAUGGUUUUCAGAAUUGAGACUGGUGGAAAAGUAUAAUAUUUUAAAUAACUUGAAAUAAAGUAUUUUAAGAGUAACAUGAGUUCAUUGUAGAAAGUUUGGAAAAUAUAGAACCAACCAAAGAUAACUUAAUUCUAGUAAUGUUUUCUAGAAUAUGCAUUAUUAUAAUUAGUCAUAAUUAUGCAGAUCUGGUUUUGAGUGUCAGCUCCCAGCUCUGUGCAUUAUUAUUUCUGUGACUUGGAGCAAUACCUCAAAAGCACCAGUUUUCUCAUUUGGGAAAGGGGGUUAAUAAUUGUUGCUGACAUAAUCAUUAGUAAUCCUUAAGUAGAACUUAGGGUGUGCUAGGUAGGGGUUCUGAGCACCUUGUGCAUUUAAUUAGUUCCGUUUUACAGCUAGUGGCAGAGCUGGGAUGUGAACCCAGACAGUCUGGUUUUAGACUGUACUCUUAACUACUACGCUCCAGUGUGUCUCAGGAUAGUAUGUGCCUCAUCGGGUUGUGGGAUUAAAUGUGAAGCUUUUAGCACAGAUGUCAUUUGUCAGAGUGAACCGUUACGGUCCCCGUGGAGGAGGAAGGAAAGCACUGAAAGUAAAGAAGAAGAAAAUGUCAGUAAAGCAAGAAUGGGAUAACACUGUAACUGAUCUAACAGUUCAUCGGGCAACUCCUGAAGAUCUGAUCCGUCGUCAUGAAAUACACAAAUCGAAGAAUAGAGCAUUAGUACACUGGGAGCUCCAAGAAAAAGCUUUGAAGAGAAAAUGGAAGAAGCAGAAACCAGAAAUUUCUAAUCUUGAGAAAAGGAGAUUGUCUAUCCUGAAGGAGAUUCUUAAUGACCAAUACCAGAUGCAGGAUGUAUUGGAAAAAUCUGAUCAUUUGAUGGCUACAGCAAAAGAUCUGUUUGUUGGUUUUCCUCGUAGACGCACAGGGUUUCCGAAUGUAACAAUGGCUCCUGAUUCCUCUCAAGGUCCCAUUGUGGUAAAUCAAGACCCUGUCACCCAGGCCAUCCUUAGUGAAUCUGUUAUUGAGCCUCAGGCUCUUAAUGAAGUAGAUGAUGACCAACGAGAAGGAGCUGUUAACAGCCAGUCAGAAGAAAGUGAGAAUGAGUUGGAUAACUCUCUAAGCUCUCAGUCAAACACAAAUGUGGACACGUUUCUCCACAAAAUAACGGAAGAUAAUUCCGAGUUAAUUAAUAAACUAUGGACUGAUAUUCAGCAGAAAGCAGCAACACAAUCACAAAUAACAACCUCUUCAGGAACUCCAUCAUCUGCUUCUCCAUCAGGAGAACAAAAAGCUGCUCUGAAUGCUACCAAUGCUGUUAAGAGAAUCCAUACGAGGCUUCAACUGGAAGAAUCUACUGAGACUCUAGACUCAAGCUAUGUAGUGAGACAAGUGCUGAACUCAAGGAAGCAAAAGCAGCUGCUAAAUAAAGUGAAAAGAAAACCAGAUUUGCGUGCUCCUUCAAAACAGAAGAAUAGCGUGUUAUCAGCCAGCACAGCCUCCACAGACUUACCGAAUAGCAGUAACCCCAGCCUAGAUGUCCUCAAACACAUGAUACAUGAAGUGGAACAUGAAAUGGAAGAAUAUGAGCGGUGGACAGGACGCGAGGUCCGGGGGCUCCAGAACAGUCAGGGUCUCACCGGCUUCACCCUGUCGCUCGUGAGCUCCCUCUGUCGCCUGGUUCGGUACCUUAAAGAGAGUGAGCUCCAACUGCGUAAAGAAGUAGAGACAAGGCAGCAACUGGAACAAGCAUUAGGCGAUCAUCGAGAGCUGAUUGAUGCUCUGACAGCUGAAGUUCUUCUCCUUAGAGAAGAAAAUACUGCUGCCCAGGCAAGACUUCAGCAGUACAUGAUCACAACAGAUGAGCAGCUUAUAUCACUCACACAUGCCAUUAAGAACUGUCCUGUGAUAAAUAACAAAGAAAGUCAGACAUUAGAAAGGGGAGCCACAAGUAGAAAUAUGGACAGUCUAGAGGGUCCAGCUGUAAAUGCUAAUGUCUCCGUGCCAUUGAUGUUCAGAGGGGAAGAUGUGGUUGAAUUGCCACAGGAAGAUUUGCCUGUUAAACUGUCUCAGGUGCCAAACCCUCCAGAAAGCAGGAAUCUGGCCAGCAAUUUUCCAGGGCAUAUAUUUGAGCCAGCGGUAUUGUUAACACCACCCAGGCAGAAGAGCAACUCAGAAUUCUGUCCUUUGCAGGAUGUAUUGAGGAGGACUGCUCAAACUCGUCCUGCCCCACGAAUUCCUCCAACCGUGGAAAUAAUUGAGAAGGAACAAAACUGGGAAAAGAAGACCGUACCUACUGGCACAGACAUUCAGAAUUCAAGUGAAGAGAGUCAUCGCUUUACUCAGAGGUGGAGGGCCUCUCACAUGGGAGAAGAUUUGCAGAACAAAACCCAGGCUCCUUUUGUUAACCCCUCACAGCCCCUCUGCAAUUCCCGUUCAAGCACUCAGCAAUCAAGAAACCCCGCACUCUCAGAAGAACCCCCAGUAUUGGGAGAUGGGCAGCAGCUUAGAACAAAUGAGACAUUAAUACAAAGAAAGGACAUCAUGGCACGAAUUGCUGAGUUGACACUGCAGAAUUCAGCUAUCAAGGCACACCUGAAUAAUAUUAUUGGGCCAGGGGGAGAGCAAGGGGAUGGACUUCGGGAGUUUAACAAACAGGAGACGAGUCAUGCCAGCAACAUGACCUCUUCUUUUCCAGCAGUACAACCUCUAACACCAAGUAGCAUGGAGGAACGGAUUGCAGAAUUGAAUCGACAGAGUAUGGAGGCUCGUGGAAAACUCUUGCAAUUAAUAGAGCAGCAGAAACUUGUUGGUUUGAAUCCUUCCUCUCCACCAGUAUCACCUAUUCGGUCACCUCUCGGAGCAUGGACUGAAGGAGGAAAGAGGAUGAUCGAGGUAUCUAUUCCAGUAGCGGAAGCCCCAGAAAGCUCAAAAUGCAGUAUUGUCUCUCCUACCAGUGGGCUAAAUUCAAGAAGGUCUCCAGGGGCUACUAGUAAUUCUUGUUCUCCAUUAAAUGCCACCUCAGGAAGUGGGCACUUGACACCUGUUAAUCCAAGAGCAGAGAUUGAGAAACAAAAUGAAGAAGGCUGGUUUGCUCUUGCUACCCACGUGUCAUAAGUGAGGACGAGUUGUAGAGUUUGUUCUCAGUAAUAUAUUCUUGAGCUUCCACUCCCCUUUCCCUGCUCCUGCUUUUAAGUUUUUAUGUUCUUCUUUCAGAUACAACUUACAAAGAUCUCAUGACUUAGUACUAAUGGAACAAAGAAAUAAAGCAAUUAUUUUAAUUUUUAACCUUUUCAAAUAGAUUUCCAACAAACAAACAACCUAUAACCUCUUGUGAAUAAAAUUUUGACUAGAGGGAAAUUAAAGUUUUAUAUUCUAAUAAAUUCAAGGAUUUUUUGGAGUAAUAUAUUUUUAUCUUUGUCAUCUUUAUUCAGAUUUUUUUUUUGGUCCAGUGUAUCUCAAAUGUUGAUCUAUUUUAUUUUUAUUUUUUUCUGAAGAACUAAGCUGCUUUUGCAUAUAACUUACAAUAAAAUGACUUGGUGUGA